GACGGCUUGAUCCAGCAAUGUGGUGAAACAAUGAAGGAAACCAUCAAUGCAAAAACUGUGUGUGCUUAUUACAAUUCAGCGGGGACGUACGGGUUAGACUCUGUGAAGAAAAAGUGCCUUGAGUGGCUCUUGAAUAACCUGAUGACUCACCAGAGUGUUGAACUCUUCAAAGAACUCAGCAUAAACCUCAUGAAGCAGCUGAUCAGCUCUUCUAACCUGUUUGUAAUGCAAGUGGAAAUGGACGUGUACACUGCUCUCAAAAAGUGGAUGUUCCUUCAGCUAGUGCCUUCUUGGAACGGGUCUUUGAAACAACUCCUAAGUGAAGCUGAUGCCUGGUUUGCCAGCCGCAGGAAAGAUGUUGGGGAUGACGUUGCAUUCCUGGAAUCGGAGCAGGGGAGCGCGUUCCUGCCGGUGUUCACGCACUUGAGGUUACAGUACAUCAUCAGUGACUUGGCAUCGGCCAGAAUUGUUGAGAGAGAUUCCUUAAUCCCCUCAG